GGCCCUCUUUGGUCCCUCUCCGGCUCAAGCCGCCUUGGGCGGGGCCUCUUCCCCCGCCCCCUCAAGGUGGCAACAGACAGAUGCUUGACGUGUUGGCCAGGCUUGGUAGCGCACAAAGCGAGAAGCCAACCGUGCAAAAAAAGGCGUGCAACGAGACGCGAUCGAUUCCACUGCUGCCUGAAGCUCAGCCGUGGCAGAAGUGACCACGCCACCAGUACAAAGAGGGGAGCAGGCAAUGCAUCGUCGCCAGCCCGCGGGAAUCAUCACCGCAGCGCUGGCACUUCUCCUGCCUCUGCCGAAGACCCUCUGCCAAAAGCAAGCAUGUCUAGCAACAAGUGGGCCACCUGGGUGUGCACCCGUGGAAUGCAUAUCAGAAGGUCCCGUGAUAAACUGGUCAAUUCAAACUUCCACUCGGCCAACGCGUUCGUGCGAGCGACGCGGACGAGGAUGCGACGAUAAAGCGACUGGAAGUCUGCCCUUCCAGAAGCCUCCAUCUGGAGAAGCAACAGCUGCUCAAACAUCAACUCUCGAAGGUCCGUGCAGAUUUCUUGGAUCGGCGCUGCGCGCGAAGCGAGCCGAGAGCGGCGCCAGAUCCGCCUCCAUGAGUGCCCCACGCAGACAUUCGAACAUUUAUGUUCAUGCAAACUUGUCUGAUUGCUCCGAGCCUCAGACUCGGAACAUCUGGGCGCGGACGGGAAGGAGGAACAGGAGGACGGAGGAGGCAUCACCAGGGAGGAGGGAGAGAAUGGAGGAGGCUGCACCGGACAUCGGGUGAGAGGCGCCCUCGAGGGCAGCCUAGGAGCAGCAGCAACAUGGCGGGCUGUGCGCGCACCGCGAUGCCUCGCCUCGGCGAGCCCCGGCUCGCAAAGACUGCGUGCUCGCGGCGGCCUCCCGGGAGGCUCCCCGGUGCCGGGGCCAAGGAGGGCGCGUCGCGUAAAGUUGAAAACCAUCCACGCGCUGGCACGCACGAGGGCGGAGCACGAUCGGGGAGGAGGAGUGGCAAGGACGAUGCUGCUUGACGUGCUGGCCAGACUUGGCAGCGCGCAGAGCGAGAAGCCGCUCCGCCGUGGCAGAAGUGACCGCGCCACCAGCAGAAAGAGGCGCGCAGGCAGUGCAUCAUGGCCAGCCCGCGGGAGUUCUCACCGCGGCGCUGGCCGCUCUCCUGCUCCAGCCGAAGAGAUGCUCUGCCCAAAACCAUGUUGGAACACAAACGGGCGACCAGGGCGUGCACCAUUGAAAUGCAAAUAUCAUUGAAUAUAUUACGCUAUACGGUACAAAUUACUGGAAGCGGUGCUGCCUCCCUCCUGCCUGACUGCUCACAGCCCCACACCGUGCAAUUGUCGAAUCGGGACCACGCCAGCAAAGGCCCACGCACCUUCCCCUUCGUGGGCCUGAAGAUGCCGUAAUGCGCGCCCAAGAAGUUGUUGGCGACCCGCGCCGGUGUACACUCGGGAUGUGCCUCUAAGUAACGACGAUCGUUGCCCAUACCCAACUGGCACUUGAAAUGCUGCUCCCUGUAGAGCAAGAAAUUCUGGUGAGGCCCACAUUGAACUUCAGCCCCCGAAGAACUUUCUUUCUUGACGUUUACCCCUGGGCACUCCUCCUGCACCACUUUCUGCAACCCGUGCAUCAUCGUCACAAUACCCAUCAAUCCGUUGGUAGGCUCACUCCCAUUGUACCAACCCUUGAUCUCCUCUAGAACACGCUGCAUUACCUUGCUGCCACGCUCUGCCGCGAAAAUAGCAUUCAAAAUCUCACAAUCCUUGGAAAACGAACUCAUGAAAGUUGUACUGUCGUCUACCAUUUCUGAGAAAGGAACCCGGAACUGCAUGUCUAAAUCAGCGUAAAAGCCUCCCUCGAGCGCAACCACCGCCGCUCUACAGAUAUCGCCUCGAUAAGCUCCGUA